CCUAAUUUACUGUUCAAUACGACAAAAUAGGCUCAUGCUCAUUUUUUUUCCGGACAACCUUUGUUGGUUGAAUUGGACCCGAGAUACUGUUCAUUAGGUAGUUAUACCAUGUGAGCAGUUACAAGGUGAAUCCAUGUGAAUCUUGCUGUGGGCUAGCCGAGCAGUCACUCUCUUCAUAACAAUUAAAUGGCGGGCUUCAACCCAAUUCCCAAAAAAUAUGGUAUAUUCUUCCAACUUUUUCCAAACUUAUGGAUUAUUUGGUAGAUACGUGUCUAAAUGGUCUACUUAAUAAAUGCAUGUAUUGUAAAGAAUGUAAAACACAAUGUAUGCAUUUGAUUGUUGAUGUGACAUUUGAAAUCAUUCAAAAUGAAUGAUCGAGAAUCUCAACUAUUUGGUGAAAUGUUGAGAAUGUGAAUAAACUUUUCUUCCCUUUUAUGUCAUUAUUAAAUUUCAUUAGGUGUUUAGAGAGUUAUUUUAGUGUAAAUGACAUUUUAUCCCUUAUAUUCAAUUUCACCAUUAAGCUCUUUUUCCACAUAAUAGUUUAAUCAAAUGGAAUACUUAACCUAACUUGAUUUUAUUAUUAGACCACAUGUUAUUAGAAUAAUUUUUCCACGUAAUUCUUUAUUAUUAGAUCACAUAUUAUUGAAGAUUUUUGUAAGGUCAUUCUAUAACAAACACUUAAGCUGGCGAUAGUUAUUUCUUAUGUAUCAAUGAAAACAAGCAUAACACGUAUUUUAUUCCUUAUACUCAAUUUCACCAUAAGCUCUUCUUUUUUACAUAAUAGUUUAAUCAAAUGAAAUACUUAAUCUAACUUGAUUUUAUUAUUAUACUGAAAUACUUUUUCUAACUCCAUAAGCACUUUUUUUACAUAAUAGUUUAAUCAAAUGAAAUACUUAAUCUAAGCAUUAUUAGACCACACAUCAAUGGAAUACUUUUUAACUUGACUUUAUUAUUAAAUCACAUGUUAUUGAAGAUUUAUGUAAGUCUUCCGUAAUGAUUAAGACAGUACUCAAAUCUUAUGGAGUGAUAGUUACUUCUUAUAUAUCAAUGAAACAAACAUAUUACAUAAGUUUUUCGUAACAUAAAUUUGAAUGAAUUGUCAAUAUCCUCAAUUUGCAUUGCACAAACUUUAUGUAAAGUUAGUUAUUUUUUACGUAACGUUUUAAUAAAAAUGAUUGUUUGUAUCACUUAAUUCCUUCAUUACUAACUAAAAUAUUCACCAUCUAUUUAGUUUUCAUUACACAAAGCUUCAAUAAUUUCAGUUACUUUUACAUAACAGUUUGAUCAAACGUGCUAUUUUUGUAACUUGAUUUUACUAUUAGCCCACACAUUACGAAAUAUUUACGCAAAACACUAUUCUAUAACAGUUAUAGAAAUUACAAGCACAUCGAGGGGUAGUUAUUUCGUAUAUAUAGAUGAGAAAAAUGUAUUAGAUAUGUUUUCGUAAUGAUUAAUACACUACGUAAUGCUUAUGUAUGGAUAAUUAUUUAUUACGUAUCAAUUACACAAAUAUAUUGCAUAAAACUUUUAUAAAGAUAAAUACAUUAUUUUACUUGAACGAGUCUGUUAAUUAUUUAAUUUCCAUUAAAUCAAUAAAUGACUGGAUGAAAUUUAAAUAUAACUAGAUUCUUACCGCCGCGUAGUGCGGGCCAAAAAACUAGUAUUAGAUUUAUAGGGCAAGUAAUAUCGAUGGGUAUCUAAAAACCGUGGGUAUGGAGAUGAAAUCACACUACCUCUCACUUGGUUAUGGCCUUAUCAGUUUGGCUAUUUUAAAAAGAGGAUGUGAAUUCUUUAGGGAAACCGGACCCAUUGCAUCCUGAAAAAUGUGUGCCACAAAAUUCACUACAAUCUGUUGGUAGGUCAAUUGACAUGAGGUCAUGGGUUUGAGAUUAUAUUUUAUGUACAAAUAUUGUUAUUUUUUGUGUGCUAACUCCUAGUGACGGUCGGUCCCGAACCCAACCUCUUGCAAACUAUAUCCGCCAAUGACCAACAAAGAAAUAUUGCUCAGACAAUUGAGAUUAUUCGAAGCUUGUCUCGUGUGAUUUUGGAAGAUGAUUUUGACGUGGUGGUCCGUUAACUUUGACAAUAUGUGGACGUGGGUUCGGUUGGAGGGCCCUAUCUCGCGAUUAUAGUCACUAAUGAUGGUAAUUUUUACCAUAACCAUGGUUUUUUACUAUUUGACUUAAUUGGAUUGGAUACGAAAUCCAAAUAGAUGGAUAUGUGUAGAGUUUGAUGAGUUUGUAUCCAUACCCAUUUACUUGAGUUAGGUUGAGUUGGGUUGGGUUGGGUUUAUAACAAAUGGAUUUGUGUUUGCAGUUGCACCCAUGCCCAAAUGCAAAUACAGUCUGGUACGUAAACUUAAUAUAUAUGCAUAUUUUUUUUUUUUGCAUAUAAGUACGCAAAAUAUCGACGGAAAAUUAUAUUUUGGUACCUAAAUUUUUUUGGUCUUACAUUUUGGUACUAAACUUUUCAAGUUUUACAAAUAGUUCCAAUUUUUGUAUGUAUAGUUAAAACACCCUCAAGUAUAUGUAUAUUCAUAUCCAACCCAUACCCAUUUAGAUUAUGAAAGCAAUAUUCAUACUUUACCCAAACCCAUCUACAAACCCCCAAACCCAUAUACACUUCGCCCAUAUCCAACUCAUUAUAAAUAGGUCUACUUGAGUUUGAGUAUAAUUACCCAAAUUGCCAUCCCUAAUCGUCAAUUGGUUGCUCCUCUUUCUGAUUAUAUAGAAGCGCCAAAUAAAAGCUUCUCAUUAUAAAAAUGGGAAGAUAUAUAGGUCGGGAAUUCUUUGUUUUUGAUGUUGAUGGGAUGCAUCUAGCUCAUAACCGGCAGCAAAGAAAUCUGAGAGCCGGUAGUACGUAGCAUCAACGAGGUUUACAAAAAUGCUUUGUCUUCCCCUCCUAUGCAUGUCUGCACAAAUCCAUGCUUCUCACACUCACAACGUUUACCGUGGAAAUAGGAUAAAUACCGCCAUUUAUAUCACAAAUAAACUUGUACGAAUAAAAAAGCAUACAAAUCAUCAAUAUAUAGUUAUAUACUAUGGGUGGUGAAAAUAUUAAAAGAAUAGAAUUUUUAGUAAAUAAAUAUAAUAUCUAACUCUACUUUUCGAAAUAAAAAUAUUCCAUAAUACUCACACUUGCAUACUAAUUUAAAAUUUAUCAGUUAUAUAUUGUGUCUUUUGUAUCACGCAACUUUGAAUAUGUAAUUUGUAUACCAACGUAAAGUUUUCUGUUAUUGUUUAACAGAAAAUACAUUCACCUUAAACUCCUAUGCUUGGAUUUUCUCUGCCCAAUUAGUUUAUCAUGAAGAUGAGAAUGCUGUAUAUCCCACUCCUAAGAUAUAAAAUUGCAAGCAAACAAAUUCAUCCAUCUCAAAAUAUUAUAAAGCUAGCUAGCUAGCCCGCUUCACUAGGAACACAUCUUAGCUAGCUAAGACAGAGAGAGAGAGAGAGAGAGAUGGGUGUGCUGGUUCGUCGCUUGGAUGCUCGAAUGGCCACAGUACUGAUCUCGCCGCUAAUUCUGACAACGAUCAACGGAGGCUUCCACGGCGGUGUAAUCAUCAUCUCUGCCGAAGCUGCCCUCGAUCCACUGUGCGCUGCCUCACACGAAUGGUUUUGUAGUCCGACCGACUUCGAUAGCUCAGACACGCAGGAAAAACUAUUAUCGCAUAUCACAUCCCCGUUAAAGUGCGAGCCAUUCCAUAACGACGAGUUUCCUCCUCCAGGAGCAGUACCAGACGCCUACGUACAUUCUAUUUGUGCUGAUGACAAUGAUCCCAACUGCGGUGAUUGCUUGACCAGAGCGACUCAACUGAUGCGCGACAAUUGCCAGGGCAAAGACGGAGCUCAGUACGGGACGGAGCAGUGUUGCGUUAGAUAUGAGAAGAAAAGGUUUUGUAGGGCUUAAUUAACUAAGAUAUGCUAUUGUGUAAUGUAGUCGAUCCGAGAAAGAAAAGGUGUUGAGUUAUUAAUAUGUAUGAAUUGUUUUUUUUUUUUUCUUGAAGGGAAGGAAUCAACUUCAGAAAAUAAUAUGCAGCUGCAUUUGCUCAUCAAGGUCGAAUAAUUGACUAAAAACAUAAUCAAUGGUCAACCUAAUUUGACCAUAUAUGGACAACGUGAGUUGAAUGAGGUGUUGGAUGAAUUUUGAUUCGGAAGUGAGUUCUAUCAUGCUUUUGUAGCUUACGAGUUGGGUGGGUAUGCAUUUUCUUAAAAUUUCGGUCCGCUUUCCAUGUGCUCCGUAUGUAAAAAAGAAAACAAUUGAACCGGUACUAACGAGUUUUUCCUCGGAAGCAAGUUUUGCCUGCUUUUCUAAUUAAUGCGUUGGGUUGAUUAUGGAUUUUGUUAAAAGCUAAAAAACAUUUAGUGUUGUUGAAAAGUUUUGGGUCGGGAACAACUUUUACUCGCUUUUUUAAUUAACUUGUUGGGUUAGGUGUGAUCUUUGUUAAAAUCUCGAUCAUAUUUCCAUCCGAGUUGUACCUAAAAAAAAAGAAUUGACCUGGACAAAACUGGUUCAAUUUGGAGUUGACGAGUUUUGGUUCAGGAGCAAAUUUUAUUCGCUUUUGUUAUUGACCGACGGGAACGGGUGUUAAUAUUGUGAAGAACUAUGCCCUCUUAAUUAAAAAUUAUUACCACCCCGUGACUUCCCCUUUUCCAUCGUUCUAUCCCUGUCUUUCCAGCUCUCGCUUUGUAGCAGACCAAUUAGAUCUGAAGCUCUAUACUACUCUCGAAAAAACAAGAUUUAUCGUGGAUAUGAUAGAAGACACCAUAUAUAUACUUUGGUUAUCCAGGCAAGAAGAGAAGAACAAGAAUAAUAGUUCAAUUAUCAUUUUAUUUUAUCGUCCGUUUCUUUGUAGUCCUUAAAAGUAGAAAUAAAAUAGUUUAUAUUUUACCGUACUUAGAAUUAAUACCCGUAAAGCGGGAAAAAUAUUACCGGACCUUAAUUGUAUACUACAAUUUUAUGUACUUUUGUUGGUAGUUAAGGAUUAUUACUAUAUAUUAUCUUAUGUGGAGCACUUAUACUAUUUUUUAAGGUAUUGGAGUUUUAAAGUACAAUUUUAAACUGUAUCAUAAUGUUAGGAAAUUUGUUCAUUUAUGUUAUGGUUACAACUUGAAGUUGUAACAUAAUAUAAAUGUACAACUUUAGUUAAUUAGUACCAUAAAGGAAUUUAUGCAAGAUAGUAUAGGCACAACCUAAAGUAUAUGUACAACUUCAUGUUGUCACAUAAAGACAAAAACUAACGUUGAUCCCCGAACCAAACCUCUUGCAAACUGCCUCCGCUACUGACCAACGGAAAAAUAGUGCUCAGUCAAUAGAGGUUACUCGACAACAUGUGGAUGUGUGUUCGGUUGGAUGGACCCAGUCUCGAUCGAGAUUAUCAUCAGUUAGUUGCUCCUCUUUGUGAUUAUACAGAAGCAACAAAUAAAGGCUUCUCACUUUAAUAAUGGGGAGAUUAAUAGGCCAGAAACCCUUUAAGAGGAUCGUCUAAGCUCAUAACAAUGCAGCAAAGAAAUCUGAGUGCUGGCAGUCGCAUCGACGACAACUAGGUCUUCCACUCCUAUGAAUUGAUAAUGCUAGCUGUUAUUCAAUUUUUUUUUUAACAUAUAAUGCUGUUAUUCGUAUGAAUUGGAAUUCCGGCACAGAACGAUGUACUAAUGUGCAAGAUACGUACGUAUGUGUCUAUGAGAUAUGUUUUAGGGUAUCUUGCCGCCGGGGUUUGUAAAGAGAGAGAAGAGGCGGCAUUUGUAGGUUGGCUGAUAAUUAACCUAAAAUUCCUACGUUGGAUUUUCUCGCCCAAUUAGUAAGUACAUUAUGAAGAUGAGAAUGCUGUCUAUCAAUCCACUCCUAAGAUAUAAUAAUAUUGCAAGCCACAA